AUGGCUGAGGCCGCGGCCGCCGGUGCUGAUUCACCCGAUGCAUCUGAUGGCACAUCUUUCCAUAGCGCCUUACCGGCGCCUGCAGUACCCGUCAUCGAGCUGCCUCACAGAUGGGACCACGAAGGAAAUCUAAUCGCAGCGUCUUACCCAGAGAACUGCCCUCGCUGUCUGUGGACAGGCGAUCCUCGGGAUCUCCUCGUAGUAGAAGACUCCACCAAGCUGAGUGGGCUUGUGGCCGAAGACGCUGCUCCCGUGACCUGUGCAUCUUGCCAACUCGCCGCUGUUAUCUGGCGUAGAGUGGCAGUCCAAAGGCAGAAAACCAUCACAGACCGGGACUGCAUGAUUGCUCACCCUCAAGGCCACUAUAGUUUCAGUUUUCGUGGAGAUCCAGUCACGCACUGGCAGACCAUCUUUACACCACUGGAUCUCCACCGCACACAGCUAACAAACUAUGACAUCCCCAGGCGCACAUGGGCACAUCUUGAAUCGCUGUUCCAUGCCUCUGCAGAUUGGGCGUCUCGUCGCAUAUCCGAGUGUCUGGCAUCGCAUCCAUCAUGCCGUCAGUCUGAACCCGGGGGCUAUUUCUUACCCUCGCGCCUUAUCGACGUUGAGAGCCAGCAACUUCAGGACGGCGUUGUAUUGACUGAAAGCUCUGCCAUCCCCUCUGACUCGCGAUACGUCGCCCUAAGUUAUUGCUGGGGCGACUAUAAGCCACCAUGCAUCACUACCCCGAGCACUUUGCACCAGAACAAGCAGAGAAUUCCCUGGUCAACACUGCCAGCGACGUUUCAAGAUGCGGUCCGCUUCACCCGAAUCAUCGGGGUCAAGUACCUGUGA